AUGAAAGUUAAACCACGUACAUAUUUUUCCUUUUGUUAUGUCACAGUGCACAUUCGAAAGGAAUUCCAUGCAUGCAAGUGGUGCAUGAGUGGGGCAAGCAAUGGGAUUAGGAACGAGAUUAGGAAAGGGAAAGUUGCCACAAUGUUCCCAACUUUCAUGAUCUAUGGUCAAUCACGGGGAAGUGUCAUGCCUGAGCUACGAGCCAUGGCCUUCCAAACUCGAACUCCAACCUCGGAACUUUCACAACAGACUUCUCCAGAGCGCAUCAGCUCGUUCAAUCUGCGUUUUGAACUGCACCUUGAUUCGGGAUGCUACCAUUUGGUCCCUCAGGCUCUUGAAAAACAUGUAGAACGCUAUCGAUUUCUCAACACCCAAGAACUCGACUUGAUAAAAGAUCAUCUUAGUGCUAUCCAGGAUCAGAUUCAUGAUACUAUUUCUUAUCUCUGUGAUGCUGAACGUGUAGUGGGAUAUGUAGAAAUGGCAUUGGGUUUGCCUGAUCCCGAAGUUUCCGCCCAUCAUCAUAUACUCAAGGAGCAACUAAAGAAAUCACGCGCGGAAUGUAAAGAGUAUAUGCGCGCAUUCAAACGUUACAACAGAGACGUGGCAAGACGUGGAGCAAUUCUUUCUAGGGAGAAGUGA